AUGGAGGAUCGCAAGAAUUCUAUUCUCGAUGAAAAAGAAGAAAAAAACGAUGACAUUCGGAUCCCGGACCAGGUUGCAGAAAACGGUACGACCCUGCCCGUUUCAUCACGGGCCGUUUUCCAUUCGGGGACGUACGUCGUUCAGGUCCCGAAAGAUCAAAUCUACCGGGUCCCACCUCCCGAGAACGCCAUCAUGUUAGAGCAGCGCAAUCUGAAGAAUCAGGAUAAACAGAAGAGAUCUUCUUGCUGCUGUUUCUGUUCUUGCCAUUCUUGUAUAUUCAAGCUGUUUAGAGGUAAUAAAUCUGGAUAAAUCAAAUCAAGAAUGUGACAAAGAUAACGGUGGGAUCAAGCACAAAUGCCACCAGCUUUUAUUUUUAUUAAUUGAUUUUGAGAUCUUUCUUCCUUUUUCCUAUACAUAUUCAAUUAAGUGUAUUUCUUUUUCUUCCACAACAAUAUAACUAUUCUCAUGCAUUUAAUUAAUUGAUUAUUUUUUGUAUGA